AGAAGCCUCCUGGUGACCAUACCGUUAUCAUGAGUCUAUAUAAGAGCUCAGGGAAUCGCCAUUUCACCGCUCCUUCACUGUGAGCUCCAGACUACUUGCCAAGAUGUCAAACGAAAAAGCACUGUCGGAUUUGCGCGCUAAACUGGGCAAAAAGUAUCUAGACAAUGUCUACGUUAAGCUGCUUCAGGAUGCCAGAGCGCCAAAGCUGGACGUACGAGACUUGUACGUUAACUUGACCAUCGUGCAGCAGCGAGAAGUGAAGAAAGUUUCGAAAACUGCUAAUAGUUCGCAUAGCGAGGAGGCUCUCUUUCUCCAGUUAGGCAAUGCAAAAGAUCGUGACGAGCGUGUUGCAUUGUCGGACAUAUUUGCAUCAGCCAAGGAAUCUAGGUGCUCGUCGUGUCCCGUCCAUACCGUCGCUUUGGUAGGCCCAGCAGGAAGUGGUAAAACAAUGGCGGUGACUAAGAAGCUACCGUUGCAGUGGAUUGAUGGAGAGACGCUGAAAAAUGCCGUACUGGUCUUCAUUAUCACCGUGCGUAGCGUUCACGAGCGACUGCGUGGAGUGGCCAAGGAUCGGGUAGCCUCCACACGCGCGCAGAGUCUGGAAGAGCUGGUCCGCAGUUCAGCACGAGAACUGGACGAUGACGAUAUUGGAACAGUGAUGGAGUUCCUUCGUCAUAACGCUGACUGGGAGAAGGUCUUGUUUGUUAUUGACGGCAUAGAUGAGGGCUGCAUCAUGGAUAGCGUACUCUACAGGCUAAUCACAAGAGACCUGGAGGACAUAUCACCGUACUAUCUACUAUUACUCACGGCUAGGCCCUGUCCAACCAUACACUGGCUGUGGGAGGUGGGCGACAUCGAUCGAUACCUCUCGCUGCGCGGAUUCGACCAGGUGUCGCGCGCGGACUUCUUCGAGCGCUACGGCUCUCUGCACUACGGUCCUGACUGGUCGUCGAUGCGUCACAAUCUCACAGUGUUCCUGCGUAAGCUGGACUCAUUGCACGUGGGACGCCUCACCUAUCUUCCCUUUAUGGCCACGCUGUGCGUACACGCCAUGCCCAGAGCGGAUCCGUCCAGCUUGCCACACUGCGCCACGCAGCUGCUCCAGCUGCUCGUCAUGGCGUUGCUGAAACGUGAUCUACGCAGUGGUCCGGGUGGCUCGCGACAGUUCUCCCAGUUCGCUCACCUACGCGGUCCACAGCAGAAAGCCAUGCAAGAGAUGGCUGCAUUUGCCUACAGGAUGACCGCUGAGAGAGCAAUGGUGGUGGAAGACGCUGGAGACGACUCGCCAUGGAGCGGGCUCGCUGCUGAUGUCAGCGAACAGUUUGAGUCACUCCUCUCCUGCCUAACCCUGACAUUUGAUGACACUAGAGCGGGACAAUCGCUGGCGAUGCGGCAGUUUGUUCACCUCACUGUCCAAGAGCUGCUCUGUGCAUAUCACGUCAUUCGCCAGUUCGAAGGGGAGGACGGGCUAAGUGCCUUCAACAAAUGUUUCUCCACUGUCGUACGUGCCACCAACCUGGGUGACCAGUUUACGUAUCUGUUGGUGUACAUAGCAGGUAUGGCAACACCCACGCAACACGUUGCAAUCUUUCACGCUAUGAUGACGGAAAUGUAUGCGGAGCAGGAAUCCGCCAGCAGUAGUACCCGUCUCUCUGGUGGACGCUACCGGACGAACUUGUCUAUGGUCCUCUUCAAGAUGCUCAGUGAGGCCCAUCAAGCCACAGCACAUGAUGACCAGCAAAGGGCGCGUCAACAGGCAGAAACGCCCCUGAGUGUCGUGGCCAAAUCUAUCGCCAAUUUCAAUGACAACUGGAUCAGGCUUCCGACUGAGCACUCGAAAGACCAGUUACAGGAUGUAGGAGCGUCAGAUGCCCUGGUUUUGCUCCAACUAGCCGAUGGCCUGUUCACAACCAUAAUGGACCUCCCAAUUGGCAGAACCCAUUCCAUCUCCGCUAGUGAUAUCUUCGAGACUUUGCUGCUCUACCAAGGAAACUGCCCGGACCUGCGGAUUCGCCUGCACACGUCUCAGGGAGAGGACCGAGCUUUCUGCCGCUUCUUGUCAAGUUUCACGGGCGUCUUCAGCUUCCUAAGUGAUCUCGAACUAACCUGUGAAAAUACUUACAUAUUCUCACAGGAAGAAAUAGAUCUCCUUGCAGCCGUUCUCUCGUCUAUGGCGUCGCUUAAGGUCCUGCGAAUCCAAAAAGCCAAGAUGGAACCACUGGUGUUUCGCAGUCUCACUGAAGCCAUCAAAACAAAUAGCUACAUUCAGCGGCUGGCCAAUGGGAAAGUCACAGAGUCGCUAUGGCAGCCAACAUGCGAACUUAUCGCAGGAACACAGCAUAUCGACCAUCUCUCUAUCCGCGUGAACUUUCGCUCGUGUUCCGACGUCAGCGGAUACAGUCAUCAGCUGUGCAAGGCUCUCGAGCAGAACAGCAGCUUGCGUCAGUUCGCCGUGUUCGGCUCUAAACUGCCAAAACCUGGUGGUGGCAUGGCUUCCGACCUCGCCUCAGUUGUAGCCAGACACAGUACGCUCCAGGAAUUUGAACUAGGAUGCACCUUCUUUCACCUUGAUGACAACGCAUUGUAUUCCGUCAUGGACAGGCUCACUGGUGCUCUGAAAGAAGAUCCUGAAAGCAGCCGACAUCUUCCGCCUAAGAGGAUUGUCAUUACCUCAGGCGAUGCCACAACGAAGACCGGAAUCCAUAGUGUUCUGCAGCUGGUGGAGGCGACUGGACUGAGCACCAAUGACCGUUUGAAGGUGGAUGUGCACGGCAGUGUGAUUAGUAAUGAUGCUGAGGCUGCAGAUCUUUGCAGACUCUAUCCAUCAUUUCAGCCCAAAGACGUCUGGUGGACGCGGCACAUAACACAGCCCAAGUAUUCGCAGAUUGGAUUGGAGCAACUAACCGCCAUUUUGGAGGCGAGGGAAAGUGCUAAGGAUGUCAAUGGACUCAGCAGUGAUGCAAGGAAGGAAGAUCCACAUGCCGCUCAUACCAUACCGACAGCAGAUGACCCCUGGCUACAUCCCUGCUAUCUUGGUCACUAUCGCGAUCGCAUUCUCUGCAUUGAUCCGGAGUUACUGCGCCUCUCCACGCAAUCACAAGGCCUGCUGGACAAUAGCCAGUAUGUGGACCUUCGCACAGUGCAGUCGGCUGGUGCACUCGUGCACAAUCAGAGGUGCCUGGAGUACGCACGCACCUUCACGAAGGUAGUCGAUGGUGCCGGGGCAACUGACGGUCAUGAUGGCCCGGCGAGCGGCCGAAUGGAGGCUCUGAGUGAGCCUGCUGAGUCGUUCCAGCGCCUACUCCGCGCACUGGAACACAUGGGCUAUAGAGCAUUACGCGUGGAGAUGGAAGAACGCAUGUUCAAGUUGCACCCGGACACUGGUGUCCAAACGCUGCAGAUGGAUGACUCAAACAAACCCGUGGAUCCGUGGCAGCAUGAAGGCUUCGACAUGCGUUUCCACGCCUGGAUUCUGUCCCUGCCGUCUGGCACCCUCCGUGCCCACUCGCAAGCCCAUGGAAUGCUCACAUUGUUCAUGGUCGCCUCGCUCGUGUCCUUGGAGAGCAGGCGAGGAUCGCUGGCUCACAACGACACCUACCUCAUCUACAUACGACCGAAUGGCGUGCAGUCGUUCGUCAAGUUCUUGAACGUCAUCCAGGGCAACCCUCUGUACAGGCUCCGAGUGAAGGAGAUGAGCUGCUUCUUGCCAGUCGACUUACAAGAGCCAUUCCUUGAGGAUUCAGAUAACGGAUGGAACGCAUGGAGUGUGUUCCGACAUGCUUCAUCUGAGACAGAAGACGAGCAGAUGUUGCUACUGGCCCGCGCUGCAGAACGCGAUUCCGAGAGGUCACGUGGUUUCAACGUGUUCACCAGCUGCGCCAAUCCCUCGAGGCAUAAUGUUGCUGUUCGCGGAAGCUGUGCCGAUUCCGUGCACAAUUAUUUGAUAACAGUUAGCAGUCAACGAGGUAUCAGCACUGCAACGCACCACCUCCUCGAUCACUAGGAACGCAAUCCAGACGUCUGCUAAAAUACCUAGAGAGCCUGAUCUACAUUGUACAUAAUAACUGCAGCUAAUGCUCAUCCAUUUUCAUUAUAUCUUCAGAGUUUGGCGGGCGCGUCAUCUGCUAUCACGUGGAACUUUAUUCUGCCUAGAAUACGAGUACUCAGUAUCUUCGUGGCAUGGCAGUGACAGAAUAAGGCUAUGAACUUGAAAUUUGUUGAUAAGGGUUUCACCGUUCUUGUGUUUCCUGUUUUUUUUGUUUUUUUUUUACUCUUUUCGGCCAGUAUGGCCACUGCUGUAUUCACUUCGUCUUCCUCUCCCUCGUGAGACACAGGAAAGUUGAUACUAAUAUUGGGGUGUGAGUCCGCCUCUCCUGAAGAGACCCGCUUGA